ACUGCAUGGGCAGCAAAAGUUUUUUGUUGACGAAGGAUACAAUCUCAGCACAAAAUAGAGAGAAAAUAUUUUGGUAUUCAACUUCGACAUUACGAAGACAACUAAGCAACAGAUUCAGUUUGAGACAACGAUUGAGAUGGCAAGUACCAAGACCAAGACCAAACUGACUAAAGAACAAGUAUCACAGGCUGUGAAGUUAUUUGGAGAAUGGUUUCCUGAGGAGAAUGAAAACUUGAAAAAACAUCACGACGACAUUGUGCGCCAUAUUCUUGAGGGUACUGAACCAAAAGAAGGCGCACCGCUGCUUCUUCAAGUUCACGCGAAAAAAGCAGCAGCUGUUGCAACUGAACUCAGCGCGGAAGCUGUUUCUUUAACACCUUGCCAGGAAGCAAUUGGCGUUUUUAUUGCUGACGUGGUUUUCUUCAUCUUGGGCUUGGUUGGCUUGCACGUGUCAAAUCAACAGCGGAUUGCACGUGCCCUCAUUCGCGAGUUAGGAGGAACCACACUGAACGGAUUUCUCCGAGCUAUAGAAGCUUUCAAUGAAGCUGAAAGUGCGACAGCGAAGGCGAAAGCUCUCUUCACAAUUUUUUCACAGAUCUUUAAGGCUGGUGGUUUCAAAGCUGUAUUCAAGGUCCUUAAAGAUGAAAUGUCAUUUUGGGAGUGGAUCAAAACAGGCAUUAUUGCAGUGGCCCAGAUUACUGCGUGGGUUGCAACCGAUGGUGUUGCUUUUAUUGCCGAAGUAGCUUUGAGCAUCAUGAGUGCCACGCAAAUGAUCCAGGAUGGCAUAAAAGCUGUAAAAACCUGCAAGGGCUCUUAAACAUUAUUUUGUGGCCAACUCUCUUAAAAUAAUCUGAAACGACCUCUUUUACAAAAUUUCCGUUCGCGAUAAUUCAGCUUUUCCUAUUUUGUGUGAUUUUGAUUAUCAGAUCUAAUGACGGUUUGCUGAAUUGAAUUCUUAAUUUGUAAUCAUAAACGUAUUGCAUGCAUGGUUUUGUAAUGUUAUUCUAAAUUUAUUUAGAAUAUUCAGAA